AUGGACAGGGCAGAGUUUUUCGUCCUGACUGUCAUGUGCUAUGACCGCUACGUGUCCAUCUGCAAACCCCUGCACUACGGGACCCUCCUGGGCAGCAGAGCCUGUGCCCACAUGGCAGCAGCUGCCUGGGCCAGCGGCUUUCUCUAUGCUCUCAUGCACACAGCCAAUACAUUUUCCCUGCCCCUGUGCCAUGGCAAUGCCCUGGGCCAGUUCUUCUGUGACGUGCCCCAGAUCCUCAAGCUCGCCUGCUCACAUUCCACCUUCAGAAAAAUUUGGAUUUCACUGCUCGGUGUCUGUUUAAGUUUUGGUUGUUUUCUGUUCAUUGUUUUCUCCUAUGUGCAGAUCUUCAGGGCUGUGCUGAGGAUCCCCUCUGAGCAGGGACGGCACAAAGUCUUUUCCACCUGCCUCCCUCACCUGGCCGUGGUCUCCCUGUUUAUCAGCACUGGCAUAUUUUCAUACCUGAAGCCCCCCUCCAUCUCCUCCCCAUCGCUGGAUCUGGCCCUGUCAGUUCUGUACUCAGUGGUGCCGCCGGCCCUGAACCCCCUCAUCUACAGCCUGAGGAACCAGGAGCUCAAGGAUGCAGUGCAGACACAGAUGAAUAGAUGGUUUCAGAAGUAUUAA